UUUUUUUUUUUCGUUCGUCAUGACUCGUUUGGUGUGAGACUGCAGGACUUUAGUUUAUUGGCAAAGAAAAUGAACCGCUGUUUCUGUCUAAUCCUCAUUAGAUCCUGUCUGGUUUUGUCUUCGGUCAUGAGAGCUGUCCAGACUCAUCCAGCUGAAGGAGAGACAGUGACUGGAUCAAACAUGUCCAAAACAACAUUAGCCCCUAAAGCUGAACUCAUCUCCUCAACUAACCCGUCUCUGAACACUGAGCUCAUCACAACACAGAGCAAACCCCUGAUUCCUGCAUCUACUGGCGUUCCUCCUAGUAUCCCAACUGCAGGUUCUCGGUUCCAUGCGGGUAGUUUUGUUGGCGGUAUGACGCUGGCCAUUAUCAUCACACUGGCUGUGGCUCUGGGCUACAGGUUGGCCUGCUCUCAACGGGAGGUGCGCUACAGAGCCAUUGAGGAACAUGAUGCCAUCAUUUAAAAUGGAGCCACUGAGGAAAUACAGGCCAAAGCACAUGCUAGUCAUGAUCUGAAGAGAAAGUUUUCACUUUACCAUGGUUAAUAUGCAUAUGAAACUGUGUAUGAUUUGUUUGAUACAUUAUAUAUUUGAAUCUAAAACAGGUCGCCCUCUUUUAGCAGUUUAUACAUUUUAAGUUAUGAAUAUUUGAUCUCAAUUGUGUUUUCAGUGAUUUUUCUGUCUAGUCUAAUCUAGUAUUUGUACUUAAACUAGACUAUCUUUACUAGUGUGUAAAAUAUGAACCUGUAAGAUUUUUAAAGAGAUAUGAGAGACACAUUAUUUUGACACUUUUGGUUAGUGUUCAGGGUAAAAUUUUUUAGGUUUAUGGUAUUUUUUGUAUAAAAGUGUUUUUGUGUGUGUGUGUGUGUGUGUGUGUGU